CGGGCUGAUUCAUUCCGGGCUGGGGCUGCAAGCGCCGACGUCUGCUCCUGCGAAGGGCUCAGCCUAGCUACUGAUUGGCUGGUGCCAGUCGCCCUCCCCCGCGCGCCACCCCUGGGUUGUCUCCCGGUCCGCAGUAGAAAACUGCCGUCUCCCUUCUUGACCCCUGCCUAGCUCUUCUCUCCUCCCAACGUUCUCUCCAGUCACCGUCGCUUCAGGUGCCGCCGCUCCUUUUGGAGCUCCCGGCUCGGGGAUGGGGUCUCGGGCCUCCACGUUACUGCGGGACGAAGAGCUUGAGGAGAUCAAGAAGGAGACUGGCUUUUCCCACAGUCAGAUUACCCGCCUCUACAGCCGGUUCACCAGUCUGGACAAAGGAGAGAAUGGGACUCUCAGCCGGGAAGAUUUUCAGCGGAUUCCAGAACUUGCCAUCAACCCAUUGGGGGACCGGAUCAUCAAUGCCUUUUUUCCAGAGGGAGAGGACCAGGUAAACUUCCGUGGAUUCAUGAGAACUUUGGCUCAUUUCCGACCCGUUGAGGAUAAUGAAAAAAGCAAAGAUGUGAAUGGACCAGAACCACUCAACAGCCGAAGCAACAAACUGCACUUUGCUUUUCGACUAUAUGAUUUGGAUAAAGAUGACAAGAUCUCCCGUGAUGAGCUGUUACAGGUGCUACGCAUGAUGGUUGGAGUGAACAUCUCUGAUGAGCAGCUGGGCAGCAUUGCAGACAGGACCAUCCAGGAGGCCGAUCAGGAUGGGGACAGCGCCAUAUCUUUCACAGAAUUUGUUAAGGUUUUGGAGAAGGUGGACGUAGAACAGAAAAUGAGCAUCCGAUUUCUUCACUGAAGGACUGAGACCAAACUCUUCCUUGCUUUCUAGUAUUUAAGAACUGGAACUUGAGAGUCCUGUCCACCAGCCCCACCUCCAUCCCAGUGUCCCCCUUCUCCCAAAGUACUACUGCUGUUGCAUGACAACCCCAGAUAUGUUCUGUCAACACAAACCUGCCUUUGGUGUAAACAGGGCAUUACAGAAUGGUACACUCAGUCUAUUUCUUUUCAGUAUCCAUUCACUGGUUCUCCGUUUAUCAAUAUUAUCUUCUCCUGUCCUGCUACUGAAUGCCACACACCCAUUCAGUGUGAGAAAGUGAGAGAGAGAAUCAUGCCAAGAACCAGCCAGCCAAGCUCUUUCACUGGAUGGAGACUGUAGCCAUGCUGCCUUCCCUCCAGCCAGGCUUCAGCAUGCUUCUUCAACCUUUUUAAUAUGUCCUUUGCUUCCUAUUUCUCUGUCACCAGCAUGCCAAUCACUUUGUCUUUCGAUCUCUUUCUUUCUAUUAAGCCUCAAAAUCCCCCUCUGCUCUACUGGUACCCCAAGCUAUGCCUAUUAAAUGUAUUUCUGACUUGGCAGGAUAGUUCAGUGGUCUGGCAGUUUUUAUCUACCUUCACGCUUAGAUGGGGCUCUGGGAUGUUGCCUUUCCAGGAGCUUUUCGGUAACCAGCGCUUCUCUCAGAAGAAUGUGACUGUCUCUUGGUCCCCUGCACUCUGCUCUAUCAUCUAAGGGCUGCUAGACGGAGAUGUUCUUGAAAGAUGGUGGCCCUGAGGGUGUGGAGCCAAGUGUUUUAGUGGCUUGCCCAGGUCACCCUACCUCUGGCCUCUGAUUCUCAACAUACGUUCCUCCAUGGCUACUCUUCUUAGUGCAGUGCUGGUGCUUCAGAAAAUGGCCAAAUGCCUAGAGAUUUGCUUAGUUUGGGGGCACCUUCACCACCAGGAUGGCUGCUCUAACAGUAUGCUUGAAGACUUUCUCAUGGCUUUUUCAACAAGGAGGCUGGGCAACCUGCAAAGCCUCCUGUAGUCACACCUCUGCAGCAUGGUUUAUGCCUCAGUGUUAUGUGCACUGGAAUGUUUUUCACUUCACUUUUCCAAGUAGAAAGAUUAGUGUUACAGAAGUGCCUAACCUAUCCCAGUCCAAGAGAUUUAAAGAUUGUCCUUGGUGUCUUCAAGUUUUGCACAAAAUUCUCUAUGAAUUUUACCCUUAGAAAAUGAUUAUGCUGGAAGCCGUAGUCAGCGCCUAAUACAGGUCCACAGCAUUGAAUGUAUUAUAACAUUAGCUACCUGGUUACAUUGGCUUCCUAGCUCCUUGUGUAGACCCCUCCUAAUCCCUUAGAACAAGGGGUCUGCCAUUGGUGGCACAACCUGAGUGGCAUUAUAGGCCUUUGAGCAUGACAGAGCAAUUUCUCUGCCAAAGUCAGCUAAGUUUAGACUUCAUCCUAAUGUCUCCGUGAGAGUCUAUUCAUUCAUAUAUCUGGCCUUGGCUGACUUUCUCUGACUUGUUGCUUGCUUCUUUGCUUGCUUCCUCAAUUGCUUCCUUGCUAUGGAAGGUUAUCCAAGAUGUGCCCACAAUUUUUUAGGAAGGGAAUUACUACAGAAUACCUCUACAAAGGGAUAGGGAAGAGGUAGGGAACAGCGGAGAGGCCAGGCUAGACAACUCAAGUAUAAAUGAAUGAUGAAUUCUUUAUGAAGUAUCAGUCUUAGUGAUCAUGUGAUAUAAUAUAGGAAUUAUAUAAAAGAGAAGAAUUGUCUGAUACUGAUCUGUUAGAGAGGUACUUCAGAGGCUCCUUGACCUGCAUAUUUAAAGUUCCUAAGAUUAUGGCUUUUUCCCCCUUUUGGCUGUAUAGCAAACUGUUUUAAUCCACGGUUGUGCCUUACUGUUCCAUUAAAAUUGUAUUCUUUGAUCCAUCAAUAAAUACUUACGGUUAAAACAAAA